AUGUCGAAAACAGCUGGGAUGAACUCGACUUCACUACCUGAUGAAAUUUCAAUGGUCUCAAAGCAUGCCGAAGUCAGCGAGCCCAAGACGCGCAUUCAAUUCGCCCAUGCCAGCAAAAUGAAAGACAAUAUGGAGCUCGAGUCAGCCAUGAGCUCAUCAAGGCGGGUGAUCAAAGAUGGCCGGCAAGACGGCAAGAGGAAAGACCCCAAGAUGGCUUACAGGGAACCUUGA